UCAAGAGUAACAGUUCCACUGAGCAAUACAUUCAGUAUCAACUCAAACUUUUCCUUGUGAUUACAAUUUUCGAGUUUAAAAGUACAAAAAGAUACCAUGAAUCCAUCAAUAGUGACCGUUGUUCUAGCUACUAUUUUACUGAAGGAAAUAGUCUCUGCAUUUGACUAUUGUCAGAAUAAUCUUAACUGUCCAUCUAAUACUAAACACAUUGGCUGUGGAAGUACUGAUAAUUUUGGACGAGAGUGUCCCAUUGAACGCACCCUAGUACCUAUGACAGCUGACUUGAAAGCUUAUUUUCUCAAAAAACAUAAUCAAGCACGAAGCGACAUUGCAAACGGAAAAAUCAGUGGCUACAAGAGCGCUAAUCGAAUGAUUGAAAUGACGUGGGACGAUGAGCUGGCUAAAUUAGCAGAAUACAACGCCAAGACAUGUACUUAUGGCCAUGAUCAGUGCCGUAACACUGCCACUUACAAAUAUGCUGGUCAAAAUAUCGCAAUGGUGAUGUCAACUCCAAACUACUUUGAAACCAUCAAAGCCGUUGACUACUUGUUCGGUUUGUGGUUCGAUGAGUACAAAGACUGUGACAUGACCUACAUCAACAAGUACAGACCAAGCGACACUGAUGCGCAAAUCGGUCAUUUCACACAGAUUGUGUCAGCUGGUGCUAAUCGAGUCGGAUGUGCUAUUACGACAUUCGCAAAUUCACGCAAAAAUGUCUACAUUGUGUGCAACUAUUCGUUGACCAAUAUUUUGAAUAGACCAAUUUAUACAUCCGGAAUUCCUUGUUCUGCUUGCACUAAGGGAUGUAGUGCCACAUAUCCUGGACUUUGCAAGUCUUCGGAAGUUAUUCCUUUGCAAUAAGGAAAAACUCCGGCCACAAAACAAUACUCAAUGGCUUUUA